AUGGCAAACCAAUUAUCACCAUCCUUUGGCACACCCAUCAUCGCCCCUCAGUACUGCUCUCCAGGCCCACAUCCCGUUGAUCUGAUAAUCACGAAGGAGAGAAGUAUAGGUGAAAAUUUCACUGUUACAGAUACCACUGGCAACAUCGUUUUCACUGUUCAGAGCAAUAUCGUAAGCAUUGUGACACCCCGCAGACACAUGUUCUUGUUUGACGCUAAUGGAAACCCCAUUGUUCAUCUUCGCAAUUCGGUAUUUUCGAGUGAUGUUUGGGAAGCAUUUAGAGGUAGAAGUAAAGAAUCCAGAGAUCUGAUCUUUAGAACGGAACGAUCCUCAUUAUUUCAGCUAAGAAUGAAAUUGAAUGUGUUCUUGGCAAAUAAAGCCACCGAUGUUUGUGACUUCAAGGUCAAAGCAACCUUGUUUGGAUCCUCUUGGGAUGUUUACAUAGGCGAUUCCGACAUCCUUGUUGCCCAGAUAAACAAGAAGCUUGGCACUAUAUUUAGCAGAGAGAAGUACAUGGUGAGUGUGUGUCCUAAUAUCGAUUAUGCAUUCAUCGUGGCUCUAAUUGUGACUCUUGAAACUUGA